AGGUAUUGCAGUGCAGCAACAGAUGGAACGUUUGGAGAAAAACGUUACUUUCAAACAGCCCCACGCAGAGCCCUCUUCAUGCCUGUUUCAAAAUGCAAACCUGAUGCUCGUUUCUCAGCUCCAACAGAAAACUUUGGGGCUGAACAGAGACCAGAUUAUUUUGUAUUUGAUUCACCUUCGGUAACUGAAAUCACCAUACCACCAAUGCAGUCAAAACAACAUGACUAUGGUGCAAUGGGUAUCCAAGGAGAUCUGAAUUCCUGCUACUUAGAUUCUACCAUUUUCAGCAUGUUUGCAUUUGUGGAUGUUUUUGAUGAGCUGCUGCAUCGUCCUGGUAAUGAGAAUGACCUUAAAGAGUACACUGAAGUCCAAAGAGUACUAAAGGAAGACAUUGUCUACCCAUUAAGGAAGAACGGCAUUGUUAAAGCAGAAAACAUUAAGAAACUUCGUGAACUUCUAGAUGCACUGGGAACAACUGCUGGAAUGAGAGAUCAAGAAAAGGAUCCAGAAGAGUUCUUGACAACCCUCCUUCAAGAAGUAUUGAAAAGUGACCCUCUAUUUAAGAUUAGGGUUCAUGGAACGAAAGCUGCACAAGAGAUGAAUUUCUACCAGAUGUUUAUGGAGCGUGACGAUACGUUAAAAGGAACUCCGAACGUACAGACUCUACUCGAGCAAUCUUUCCUCAACACCGACAUCAAGUUUAUUGAGAUACCGUCGUGCUUCAUUGUACAGAUGCCCCGAUUCGGCAAAGGUUACAAGCUGUACAACCGUAUCUUGCCUACUCUCGAGCUCGAUAUCACACACAUGCUGGAAGAUUUUCCAAGACCUUGUGUUGUGUGUGGACGUCUAUCCUACCUAGAAUGCCGAGACUGUAGCAGUGCAAAACUAGGAGGCGAACAAAUUACAGCCUACUGCCAUUCAUGCUAUGACAGGGUUCACAAGAAGCCCCAGAAUCAAACCCAUGGAGAGCCUCGCCUCCUCAGUGUUCCUGAACACUUUCCGAAGGAGCUCGACGAAGAGGAAGAACGGAAGGAGCUACACACUGAAGUGAUGGAACUUUUUGCUGUUGUCUGCAUUGAAACAAGUCAUUAUGUAGCAUUUGUUAAGGCUGGAGAAAAGGCUGAUUCACAAUGGCUGUUUUUUGAUAGUAUGGCAGAUAGAAUAGGAGACUUCGAUGGCUACAACAUUCCUAAGAUCACACCACUCCCGGACUUCCAAUCGUGGAUUGAGAACCCAAAAGCUUACGAGCAUAUUUCUGAUCGAGAAUUGAAAGAGCCAUUAAGAAGAUUAUUAUGUGAUGCAUAUAUGUGUUUCUACAGAAGUACGACUGUAUGUUACUAAAUAAUGUUCACAGAAUAAUGAUAUUUCAUUGUCAUAAUUACAAAUUUGAUUUCAUGUGUACAGACAAUUCCAUAUGAAUACUAUUCUAUUAUAACAUUGCUUUAUACCUGUAAACAAGUUUUUCCAUAUUCUAAAGAUAUAAUUAAGAUACAUUUAUUAGUCUAUUAUGUUUUUCAUCAAAACUUACCUUAAGUUUUGCAAAUGAGGUUUUAUAAAUAUUAAACAGUAAUUAUCUCAUAUGUUUAAAUAUAUUGUUUAAAAUUGGCAGUUGGUGAGGUAUGCCACCAGCAGACUACUGCAGUCCUGGCUGUAGCAAAUAUUGAAAUGCUUUGCUGCAAAUUUUUUUAGCUCAAAAGAACUGUCCGGAGUGGACAAUGGGGAUGUAAAGCAGCUCCCACUCCUAAAUAGUAGUAAUAUUAAUACUAUUUUUAGCCUCAAAUUAUUAAUUUUGGGACCAUAGAGUGUAUUUGCCUAAUGACAUAUUGCUGUCGACCUAGGAUCCAGACCCUAAUUUUGGGUUACUCACUCUAUUGUGCUCCAUACCUAAUUUAAUUGUCCAGACAGAGAUGUCCGAAAGGGGGGCCCAAAGUGGGGCCGAUUGAGAUGACACCACCCUACUACAUUCUAAAAGGGGGCCGGCCUGGGCCCCCGAAAUCUGCCCUCGACCUAGCAAAAAAGA